UACUUUCAACGCCUCUUCCUCAUUAAGAGUAGAGUUGUGUUCACGUGUGGUUGUGUCUCCUUUUUAAACAAAAAAUAGGUCACACAACCCACCUCCAUUCGUGAAAUAUAACUCUUCUAUAAAAAAAAAAUACAAAAAAAAAUUUAAAAACUUAAAAAAACCACAAAAAAGACGAAAAAAACGUAAAACCAAAAAAAUCGAAAAACCGUAGACGAAAAAACCGUAACUGCAGAACGACACCGCAAAGUUAAUUACAAUAUAAAAAAAAAAGUUGUCAACAUACACAAGAGAAGAACAACCAAGAAGAGAAAAGAGAAGAAACAGAGACCAACGUAAAGAAAAAGAAAAAAAUCGAAAAAAAAUACGUAAAAAAGUAAAAAAUAACAACUUAAAAGUGAAUAAUAAUUUUGCGUUCAACAAAUCGUGAGGCGAAUAAGAAACGUGCGCGACGUGGUACGAGAUAAAUUAUAUUGGUCGAGAAAGCAAUAGCCAUAUUGAAGGGGAAAACGUAACGUUUUUUCCUUUCCCACGGGUCCGAAAUCGAGUGAAUUUUUUUUUACACGCCGAGAGCUCUCUUUCCUCAUCGUUACCAACUUUCGCGCAAUCACGAGGUGAUUUUUUUCGUUAUAAAUCUUCCACGCGAGAUCUACGUUAAGGGGGGAAAAACAAGAAAGUAAUAGAAAAAAAGUGUUUGUGAACCUAUUCGGUAUCGUACAAGAGUAAUCAUGAAUCCGGGAGCACCUAAUUAUCCAAUGGCGUCUCUGUACGUGGGUGAUUUACAAGGCGAUAUUACCGAAGCGAUGCUCUUUGAGAAAUUCUCAUCGGCUGGCCCCGUAUUGUCGAUACGCGUAUGUCGCGACGUCAUUACACGACGCUCUCUCGGUUAUGCCUACGUUAAUUUUCAACAACCGGCGGAUGCCGAGCGAGCUUUGGAUACCAUGAACUUCGAUAUUCUGAGAGGCCGUCCUAUUCGUAUAAUGUGGUCGCAACGCGAUCCGUCGCUUAGACGAUCAGGCGUGGGCAAUGUAUUCAUCAAGAAUUUGGACAAGAGUAUAGACAAUAAAGCAAUGUACGACACGUUCUCUGCUUUUGGCAACAUACUGAGCUGUAAAGUGGCUCAGGAUGAGAACGGCUUGUCCAAAGGAUACGGUUUUGUACACUUUGAAACGGAGGAAGCUGCUAACAAAUCCAUCGAAAAGGUCAACGGCAUGUUGCUCAAUGGAAAGAAAGUAUACGUUGGUAAAUUCAUUCCGCGCAAAGAGCGCGAAAAGGAAUUGGGCGAGAAAGCAAAGCUCUUCACGAACGUAUACGUGAAGAAUUUCGGCGAGGACAUGUCAGACGAGAAAUUGAAAGAGAUGUUCGAGAAGUACGGAACGAUAACGAGUCAUAAAGUAAUGAGCAAGGAUGAUGGAAAAUCACGAGGUUUUGGUUUCGUGGCGUUCGAGGACCCAGAUGCAGCUGAACAAGCGGUAAUGGAGUUGAACGGAAAAGAAAUAGCCGAGGGUAAAUGCAUGUACGUUGGACGUGCACAGAAGAAAGCUGAGCGUCAGCAAGAAUUGAAGAGAAAAUUCGAGGAAUUGAAGAAUGAGAGAAUGAAUCGAUACCAGGGCGUUAAUCUGUACGUGAAAAAUCUUGACGAUACGAUCGACGAUGAACGUCUACGCAAAGUAUUUAUGGAAUACGGUACUAUUACAUCGGCCAAAGUAAUGCUCGAGGAUGGACGAAGCAAGGGCUUUGGUUUCGUUUGCUUUUCCGCCGCGGAAGAAGCUACGAAAGCCGUUACCGAUAUGAAUUGCCGUAUCGUCGGUACAAAACCAUUGUACGUUGCUCUUGCUCAACGCAAAGACGAUCGAAAAGCUCAUCUCGCCUCGCAAUACAUACAACGUAUGUCGAAUUUCCGUAUGCAACAAAUGGGACCGAUGUAUCAAGGCAGCGGUGCCAAUAAUUACUUCGUACCAACUCUACCGAGACCACAAAACUUUUACGGUCCCGCUCAAAUGGCCCAAAUGCGAGCUACACCGCGUUGGGGAGCGCAACCCAAUCAAGUACGCCCUAACGCACAAACCGGUAACACCAGCUUCUCCGCCAUGCAAGGACCCUUCAGAGCAGCUCCGAGAGCACCAGCCGCUCAAGCUGGUGGUAUGCGGAACGCUAUCUCCGCCAGGCCCAUCACUGGUCAACAAGCAGUGGGAGGUGCAAACAUGCAGAAUCGGUCGAUGCCUGGUUCGGCGGUUGGCGUAUCGCCUCAAAAUCGUACUGCAAACUACAAGUACAACAUGAACGUGAGAAAUCCACCACACGCAAUGGCGAUUCCAGCUCCUGCACCGGUGCAACAAGCGGUUCAUAUCCAAGGCCAAGAACCGCUGACAGCCUCGAUGCUGGCAGCUGCCCAACCCCAAGAACAAAAACAAAUGCUUGGAGAACGUCUUUUCCCAUUGAUUCAAUGCAUGUAUCCACAAUUGACCGGUAAAAUAACCGGUAUGCUGCUCGAAAUUGAUAAUUCGGAAUUGCUCCAUAUGCUCGAGCAUAGCGAGUCUCUCAAGGCCAAGGUCGAAGAGGCGGUAGCUGUACUUCAGGCUCAUCAGGCCAAGCAAGCUGUUAAGAAGGAGUAAUCUUAUUCGUAACAUCGAUUUUUUUCCCCCAUCGCGAAUCAGUUUUAUUCUCUUUUUUCUUUUCCCAGCCAUUGAUUUUUCCCUCAUUUUUUCAAUCAAUUAUUCUUACUUACCCUCUUGUACUUUCAUUCGCGUUUCAAUUCUGACUCGAUAUCCAUCCCCCUCCUCUUUAUUAAUCAUCACUUGUUUAACGGAACAACUUUUUUCACCUCUUUUUUGCGUUCAAUAUUUCGUUCAAUGAUCCUCGGUUACCGAUUGAAUAUGAAAAGAAGAAAAAUACGAAAAUCAACAAAAAAAAUAGGAAAACAAGCCAUCUGAUUUGUUUAUUUUUUUGUUCUGAUUCCGCUAUCAAUCGACGCGGUUAUUGUUAACUUGGCGAAUUUGUAAAACAACUUACGCACGUUUGUUGUCUUUCUAACAACGAUCGUGACAUGGUUUUUUCUUCGAGUUUUAAGAUGAUGAAUUUUUUUCCUUUCCAAAAGAUGAAACAAAAAAAUAAUAAAAAUACA